CUCUUGGCUAGGGGUGACACUGAAGCACUUUCAACAAUUAGUAGAGGAAAUAUUCUUAGAGAGGAGUUGCUGCUUCAAUCACAUUCAAGUCAAGAGAGGCUGCAUUUGUGUCAGUAUGAUUGUACCUGAAGCAAUGACAUCAUCGUUAGUGAGUCUAGCAAAACAGAGGAUAGAGUUCAUCAACACCAUUGGAAUCAUUAGACUAGCUAUCGGAGGGAACGAAAUAAUGAAUAAAGAAGAGGAGAAAGAUGAAGCUAGUUUCUCACAGUAUCUAAUGAGAGGAGUCCUUCAAGAGAAGAUUGAUGUAGUACGCUUCAUACUAUCACUUGAUGGAUUAGGAUUAGCUGAUACCAUUAGUCCCUGUAUUGAGGAAGCAGUUGAAUCAGGUAAUAUACAGAUAUUAAGUAUGUUACUUGAAUCAGGAGGUGAUCCUAACUUUAUUGGUAAUAAAGGUCUCACUCCUCUACAGACAGCCAGUAAACAAGGACACGUUACUAUAGUCAACAAACUUCUUCAAUACAAGGCAGAUCCUAAUCAAGAUGGUGUUUCUGGUUGGACUGCUUUGAUGAUAGCCACCGAGAAAAAUAAUACCAGUAUAAUCGAAUUACUGAUAAAAGCCGGUGCCAACUUGAACGCCAAAAUGGUGCAUGGUUGGACGCCUCUGAUGCUUGCUUGUGCUUAUAAUUUUCCUGCUCUUGUUAGUAUUCUACUCAAGGCAGGGGCAGAUCCUAAUAUUCGCACAAUCAAAUGGGCAGCCGUACAUUCUGCAGCUUCAAAAUACGAAGAUCCUUCGAUUCUUAUUGACUUGGCUGAAUCAGGUGUCAAUCUCAAUGCAGUAACAGGAGCUGGAGCUACCCCACUCAUCCUUGCUUGUCAAGUCAAUUUUGAGCUAACCAUUAAUGUACUCCUCAAUUAUAAAGUAUCUCUUGAUUCUCAAACAAGAAGUGGGUACACUGCACUAAUGGCUGCUGUUUGCAAUAAGAGCGUGAGUAUAGUUGAGUCCCUUUUAUCAGCUGGUGCCAAUGUACAUAUCGCUGAUGCUAAUGGCCAAACGGCAUUGGAUUGGGCACUGGAUUCUGGUCACCCAGAAAUAACAGAACUCCUCCUGGUAUACAUGGGAGAUAUGCCUGCCACGCCAUUAAAGGCUCCCAGUUCUGCUCCUUCAGUAGCUCUUGUACCUGAAGAUAUUGAAGUCCACAUUCCUUCCUCUUCCUCUGCAAUACAAGAGCUAAGAGAUGCAGUGGAAAAUCCUUUACCACCACAGGGAACUUCAUUGAAACACAAGAGCAGCAAAGAGGAGAAAGAAAAGUCAAGAAACACAACGGCAUAUUGAUCGCAUUAAGACUGAUAACUUUGUACUAUUAUACUUAAUUUUGUGAGGUUGAUUAUUAUUGUUAAAAAAUAAUGAUAAUAAUAAGAAUAAUUUUAAAAAUUUAA